UUGCCUGUAGGUACAUGCAUUUGUGUACAGAAAGCCUGUUACUGUUUCAUUCCAAACUCAGAUUAUUAUGGUUAAACUGUUCCUGCUAGUCUGUAAGUAUCUGGGCGCUGAAGAUGUCAUCCAUUUUGUUUCAGGCUACUAAAUAGGAGUACAUUCCAAUCCUGUUGCAAUAUUCUUAUUGUUAGUGUGUAGUUAUCUUUGUCUCUUUUAACACCAAAGUUUCCCAGGAGAGAGAAGAGAACAAAGUUAAGAAGAUUAUCUUAUCCUGUUCAGAUCAGGAGCUGCAGAGAAUAUCAAACCACCUUCAUUUUUCAUUUUCUUUAGCUUUGAAUCACUUUUUUUUUUCAUUUUCUGCUCCUGCUGGCAGGUAUUUGCUCUCUCUCUCUCUCCCUUUCUGUCUCUCGCUUUUCCUGUGUUGUGAUGAAAGUGCUCUGCUCCAUAGAUCAGGCCAGACCUCAGACGCAGCAGGUGCCACAGUGUGUGAUGAAUCAGCCGUGUCACUGCAGCUCGCUGUGGGAAAGUUCAUCUUUGUUAAGACUGCUCAGCCUCUACUUAUUAGUCGUCCCCUCCCAGAAACACCAAAGACACUGAGCUUUUAUGGCAGUCACAACUCGCCAUGCUCCAUUCUCACACUGUGUGGCUGUUUGUUUUGACAACUCUGCUGUUAUACAUGUGCCGUGCAGCAUUUGUAUGCAUUAGCAUAUUAAGAUGCACAUCAAAGUCUAUUGUUUAUUCCACUAUUUAGCACAAGAGCAUGGGAAUGUGUCCAAUUAAAACAGAACUAGCACUUGGAUUACAUUUAUAUGUUGUAGACUCCAAACAAAGUUCUGUUGUUGUUGUUGUUUUUUAACGAUAUGUAGUGUCUCAUUAGUGACUCAAGUUACUCAAUAGUGGGUCCAGAAACAAAGCAAGUGGAGCGCCAACAAGAUGGCCGUUGCCAAGGUGACGUGUGUCUGACUGAGCCCAUCUGUUCGCGUCCAUGUGCUCAAGGAGCCUGCCUGUUUUGGAUAUGACGUGUACACUGGCACGCUCGCAGUGUCAACACAGUGUAAACCAGUGUGGCAAUAAAGAAAAUGAAAAAAAAACCAAACUGGCAUGUUUGAAAUCAUGUCACUUCCCACAGUGGAUUAACAGUAAUGUGUGUUUGUCACGCAGUACAGUCAGUGAGUGCUGGAGACUUAUCUGUGUCUAUCUGUCUCUGCACUUGCCGCUGAGAUGAAUGGUAUUGAUAUUCCUACAUCCAGAGAAGAAAUCUCAGUAGUUCGAUAUGACUUCUCUGUGCUGGAGGGGGGGCGGGGGGAUCAAAUAAACUGAGAAAAGAAAAAAAGUGUGUAGGACUGCUGCACACAUCAUGCUGCUGUUGUUCAUGUGUGUGUGAAAGAAAAACAAAGAAUCCCAGCAUUCUCUCUGUCUCUGCUCCAUAAAAAAAGCUUAUGAAUAUUUUCACGCCCUGUUUACUUGACAUGAUAACCGUGACUGCUGUCUCCCUGUCUUACACUAUGUUUCUUUUCCUUACAAAGUUCCCCACAGAUGUCUGCUGCUAAUGACCUCCCCACUGGAUCCAACAAGACAUCCCGAGUCCUCCACUCCAGAUGAAUAUCCAGAGAGACAGUGGACAGCUUGAACUUGCCUUGGCGAUGGCUGAAGCAUCAGCACCACCUCUUUCCCCAACAGAAUAUGGACUGUUGUCUCCGCCUCCUGAUCUGUGUGCGUCAUGCGGCCACAGCCACCAGCUGGAGGAAAACCACGAGUACAUCUACAAAGAUGAGGUGGACGACGACCUCGUCUGUCACAUCUGCCUGCAACCGCUCAUCAGACCCCUGGACACGCCCUGUGGACAUACCUACUGCCAGGAGUGUCUCACCAGCUUCCUGCUGGAGAGCGACUUCUGCCCCGUGUGCCGUACGCCCCUCAUGCUCCAGAGCUGCAGGAAGCCUAGCCUGCUGGUGCACAAGCUGCUGGACAAGCUGACCGUGGCUUGCCCCUUCACUGACCAUUGCACUGAAAUAAUGGCCCGUGGUGAAAUGGAAGACCACAUCAAGAGCAGGUGUAAAGGAGCCUCUCACUAUGGGCUCUCAGCAGACAGAAAGCGACGUUCACAGGAGGGUGAAUGCACUGACAGCACAUCAGAACUCACCAUUGCCACACUGCCCAAUGACGGCCCCACCUCCGCCGCGGUGGCCCUCCUGUCAGAUGAACCCGGUCUGGUCAACCCUGCUUUCGACCCCAGCAUGGAGGACAACAGCCAGUCAGGCAGCACAACCAGCUUGGCUGCUCGCAGCAGCAGCAAGAAGAGUGAGUUCAGAAAUUUUGACCGUUCUUCAGUGAGGAGCCGCUCCUUCCGGAGGCUGAACCGGGCAUUCAGUGUCCUGAGGAGGACCAAGAGUGGCAACGCAGUGAGCAAUGAAACAUCUGAAGAAAGAGACAACGCAAGGAAUUCCAGUGUGCCACAGGAAGUGCUGGCUCUUCCUCAGCUCCAUCACCUGAUCCCUGACGGUGAACUUACCAGUAUUAAGAUCACACGGGUGGAUGCCUCAGAACCACUGGCCAUCAGCAUUGUCGGCGGCAACGAGACCCCCUUGGUGCGCAUCCUCAUCCAGGAUAUCUACAGAGAAGGUGUCAUUGCUCGCGAUGGACGCUUGCUGCCUGGAGACAUGAUUCUGAAGGUAAAUGGCAUUGACAUCAGCAAUGUACCCCACUGCUACGCCGUGGCAACCCUCAAACAGCCCUGCCAACUCCUCCGGCUAACCGUCCUCAGAGAACAGCGCCACCGCUACCGCUCACAUUCGCACAACCACCCACACGGCCACGGGCAUGGCCACGAUGUUGCCGGGGGCCACCUGUCUCACGGCCUGCCUCACCACCCCUUGAGGGAUGACAGCAUCCAUGUGGUCCUGAAUAAAAGCACUCCAGAAGAACAGCUGGGCAUUAAGCUAGUGAGGCGGCCGGAGGAGCAUGGAGUCUAUAUCUUUCACCUGCUGGAGGGAGGCCUGGCAGCACGUGACGGACAGUUGUGUGUCGGCGACCGCGUGCUGGCCAUCAACGGGCACGAUUUACGCUAUGGAGCACCAGAACAUGCUGCUCUGCUUAUCCAGGCAAGUGAGGAGCGUGUCCAUUUCAUAGUGUCUCGUCAGAUCUGCCUGCCUACCCCAGACAUCCUACAAGAAGAUCCUUGGGCCAUGGAUGGUCCCCCACCAUAUUCCCCUGUGGAUAUAGAGCAAACACUGCUGGACUCUUGUCAGAAGCCUGCAUGCUAUGAAAAGACAGUUACUCUGACCAAAGAGCCCUACGACUCCCUGGGUAUGACGGUGGCAGGGGGCAUGUCCAGCCGAGGGUGGGACCUCCCCAUCUAUGUCACAAACGUGGACCCCGAUGGAGUGGUGGGACAGGAGGGCUCCAUCCGCAAAGGUGACAUCUUGCUAAACGUGAACGGGGUGGAUUUGACGGGGGUGACGCGAGGCGAGGCCGUGGCCAACUUGAAGAACACCUCCUCUCCCGUUGUGCUCAAGGUCUUGGAGAUGCGUCCUCCUGAUGAAAGUCUGCAAGAGUGCACAUUGCCACCCUGUCUCACACCCUCACCAACAGAUAGCACCAAGAGCCCACUGCCCAAUGAUGAUUACUCCCCACUGUGGGUGUCAUGGCUGCAGCUACCCAGGCAUCUCUACUGCUGCAAAGACAUUGUCCUGCGGCGGAGCACUUCGGGCAGUCUGGGAUUCAGUAUCGUAGGAGGUCAGGAGGAGGUCAACUGCAAUCAAUCCUUUUUUAUCCGUUCCAUUGUGGAGGGAACACCGGCCUACAAUGAUGGCAGGAUAAGGUGUGGGGACAUCUUACUUGAGGUGAAUGGAAACAGUACAUGGGGAAUGACCCACACAGCAUUGGUGCGUCUUCUGAAAGAGCUUCGAGGCAGAAUCACCCUGACCAUCGUGUCCUGGCCGGGCAGCCUGCUGUAGCAGUGCUCCAAGCCAUCAAGCGCUGCUUCAGUGGCACUGACCAAGGAAUGUGGAAGGCAGAGCUUUAGACUGGCUGACCACCCUAAGCUUGCUGUGUGGGAGAAGCUUAGAAUAGUGCUGUAGCUGUAUGGAUAUCUAACUUCUGAUGGACAGCUGAGACUUUGCCAGGAGUUUGGAGAGGGACAAACAUAAGACUGGAUUGUUACCAGAGUUCAACUUGCCCCUCCAAGAAUGCUGGACUGGGAGGAUCCAGGCCUGAGCCUCUUCUAACUAGGAUGUUGGGCGUUAUCUGUUAAGAGGACAUGAUCAUUCUCUUGCACAGCAUCCAGUGAGUGGGGUGGGGAGUAUCGAGAGAAGACACAACACGUUGCCAAUUCCAGUAGUUAUAUAUUAGGGUAUGCGUUAAGUUGGACUCACAUUUCUUUACUGUAAAUGUUGGGUGUCUAAAAAAGUACUGAUCCAAGCACUUGUAAUACGUUUCUUUUGUUUGUUUGUGGUAUGGCCUUAUAGGCUCCAUUCUGUUUGUACUGACAGUGGUUGUCGUCUUCAUCUGUGACCAGAGGACACGUUGCCAAGUAGUAGUCUGUGUUGAGGUUUUUUUUUAUUUUAUUUUAUUUCAGAAGCUAUGGCUAAAUUAUCAAACCACUGGCAAGGAUAAAAAAUAUAAAAAAUAAAGGAUCAAUGUGUUCAUAACAUGUUAAAAAAUAAUAUUUAAUUAGGUGACAUUGUGGAGGCCUUACUAAUUUUCUUACUUUUAAGAAAAACACUGACUUGGUUUCUGUGUAGCAGUAGAUGGUCUGGGGCCUAUCUACUGCGGUUCUGUCUGUCACGCUUCGGCCUGUGUAGUAUAUCUGAUGGUACAUUUGGUUAAAUAAUCAAUAAAGUCAUUUGAAAAAGAAA